GUUGCAGCUAGCUCCUUUUAGCCUCUGCGACGCCGCUCCGUUCUGCCGCAGCGGAGACUUUCGAUAGUUUUUGAUCCCAGAAAAAAAGAUUUUAAUGUCGGGAAGUUAAGAUACCUGUUUUAUAAUGACAGGAGUGAUCUGAAGGUGUCCAUAUUUCCAGGUGUAGUUGUUAAAUUUAUACGCUGUUUGGCGGGACUGGGUUUAGUAUAACAAUACACGGAGCCGAAGCCAGGGGCUGAAACGCAGAUCGGUUCGGAUUUUAACCGCAGCUGCCGUCAUGGAGGAUAAAAGUUUUACUAAAGAAUUAGACCAAUGGAUCGAACAACUCAACGAGUGUAAACAGCUGACAGAGAACCAAGUCAGGACGCUCUGUGAGAAGGCGAAGGAGAUCCUGACCAAGGAGUCCAACGUUCAGGAGGUCCGAUGCCCGGUGACGGUGUGCGGCGAUGUCCACGGUCAGUUCCACGACCUCAUGGAGCUGUUCAAGAUCGGAGGGAAGUCUCCCGACACAAACUACCUGUUCAUGGGAGACUACGUGGACAGAGGCUACUACUCCGUGGAGACGGUCACUCUCCUGGUCACAUUAAAGGUCCGCUUCCCGGAGCGAAUCACCAUCCUGCGGGGGAACCACGAGUCGCGGCAGAUCACACAGGUCUACGGCUUCUACGACGAGUGCCUGAGGAAAUACGGCAACGCCAACGUGUGGAAGUACUUCACAGACCUGUUCGACUACCUGCCACUCACCGCGCUGGUGGACGGACAGAUCUUCUGUCUCCACGGAGGCCUGUCUCCCUCCAUAGACACUCUGGAUCACAUACGCGCUCUGGACCGCCUACAAGAAGUUCCACAUGAGGGCCCCAUGUGUGACCUGCUGUGGUCCGACCCUGACGAUCGCGGCGGAUGGGGCAUCUCACCCCGAGGUGCCGGCUACACCUUCGGACAGGACAUCUCCGAAACCUUCAACCACGCCAACGGCCUCACGCUGGUGUCCCGCGCCCAUCAGCUGGUCAUGGAGGGCUACAACUGGGGCCACGACAAGAACGUGGUGACCAUCUUCAGUGCUCCCAACUACUGCUACCGCUGUGGCAACCAGGCAGCCAUCAUGGAACUGGACGACACCCUGAAAUACUCUUUCCUGCAGUUUGACCCUGCCCCCCGCCGUGGCGAGCCUCAUGUCACCAGACGCACCCCUGACUACUUCCUGUGAAUCUUCAUCAUUGUGGAUUAUCAUCCACCAACGAAGACCCCCCCCUUCCUCCUCCCAAACACACCUUUCUCACCCCCUCCUCCUCAUUUUGGAUGAAAAGAAGUUAUUAAUAUUUCUGAUGAUGAUGUUUCUGUUCCAGGGAGAGAACCGAUUGGCUGAUAAAUCCCAAAUUUUUUCUGAACAAGAGAAGCGACCCCUCUCUGCAGUCGUGUUGUCGAUAUGCUGUCAUUAAUGCUGUGCUUCUGAGGAAGAAAAAAAAAACACGUAAAACUAUGAUCUGUUUCCUUUUUUUUUUUUCCUUUUUUGUUUCUUAUUCGUCUGAGAAAAACAUGAGAAGAUAAUAAAAUGACCGACGUGGACCAAAUGUGCCAUAUUCAGAUCCUUUUACAACAUGUUUCAACAGCUUUUCUGAUCUUUUUCUCUUCUUCUUUUUUACACCUCUAUAACCUGACCUGACAUCUCGACACUUCUGAUUGCAAAUGUGCUUCUUUUUUUUUCUGUCGCAACAUCAGUUUAAGGUUAAAAAGAUAUAGGAACAAAAAAAGUUUGCUUCAAGUAGUCCAGCUGUCAGUUUUAGCUGUUCAGGCUGCAGCCGGCGGUCAUCUCAGCAACUAUAUUACUGUAAGACAACAGACGUAUUAAAUAAAAUGUCCUAUUGACAAACUACUG